AAUGCGAGAAGUGCCUUUGGGUGUUGAGCCUCCAACAACAGCACUGACAUCAUAUAAAAACAGUUCUAAUUUGCAAAGCAAUAAUGCAUCCACAAAGUCUGGAGACAGGUCAACAAGCAACAAUCCAAAGAGGGCGAGAGUAAAGUUUGACACUGAAGAUGAACAUUAAGGAAAGAACAGAAAGCAAAAAAAAACUCCCAGCAGGAAAAACAAAGAUGGGAAUCCAAGAUAAGGACAGCUUAUAAGAAAUCGAGGGAAGGAAACUUGAACUUAGAGACGGUGCAGAACAAGGGGGAAGUAACAAGAAUUUCAAGAUUAAACUGAUUUGACUGAAGUGCCUAUGGUACUAUUACUAUAGGAAGUGGAUUGGAAUCCUGGUUUUGUACUUGACUCAAAGGGACCAGUUUGAUUGUAAAGGAGCGGGGUUUCUCCCAAGCUAUCUCAUUGUCUUGAUUGUUCUUUUGGCUGUGAUUAUCUUAGCCAUUUCUGUAAUCGUUGGUGUCAGUAUGCAAGGAACUAUCACCAAUCCAGGCCCAAGACGAUGUAUCCCAACUCUGAUCUAUAUCCGUACCACUCUUUAUAUACCUGAACUGGCCUGGGCUGUCUUGGGUGCUAUCUGGGUCAAUGACAAAAGUGAGGGCUGUGCUCCCUCCGUAGUUUACACAAUUACUAUAGCUGUCAUUGCUAGCUGGCUUUUCUUAUUCUUUACGAUGGUUGCCGUCUUCAUUUUCUUUGACCCACUGGGCAGACGCAAACGAUCAAGCUUUACAACAAGCGGGGUGCAUAACCUGGAGAGCAGUGACUCAAUCCAGGCCACAUCUGUGGCAGCGCGGGUAUGGGAGCGUAGAUUGAAGCUGUUGUGCUGCUGUAUUAUGAAGGAUGCAGAUAACCGGGCGGCCUUUACAAACAUCGGGGAACUCUUUAGUGCCUUUUUUUUGGACACAGACCUGGUGCCUGGCGAUAUUGCUGCAGGACUGACUCUCCUGCACCAGGAGCAGGAUAAGAGGGAGCAGAGUAAGGAUCUGGAAGAGGUGGCUUGUUCUGCCCCCCAACCACAAUCUGUUGCUGAGGAACUGGAUAUAGAAUUGGAGAAUUCGGCUCACUUCAUGCAAUUUGCUGUUGCAGCCUAUGGAUGGCCACUGUACAUCUUCAGUCACCCACUAACUGGCAUAUGCAGGCUGAGCCAUAACUGUAUGUGUUGCAGAAGCCAAUUUCCUGAGCAGGACAUGGUUGGCGGGGAUCACUUGGGCUGCCAUUUCAACUCCAUUUUGCAAACUACAGGGCUGCAGUACCGUGACUUCAUCCAUGUCAGUUUCCAUAACAAGAUUUAUGAAAUUCCGUUUUAUGUGGCACUGGAUCACAAAAAAGAGGCUGUGGUGGUGGCCGUGAGAGGAACACUUUCACUUGAGGAUGCUUUGACAGAUAUGAGUGCAGAGCGUGAGACAUUAUUUGUAGAUUGUGUGACAGGAGAAUCUUUGGCACAUAAGGGGAUCCUCCAGGCAGCCGGUUACAUUCACAAGAAACUAAUCGAUGAAGGGAUUUUAAACCAAGCUUUCACAAUUGUCCCUGAAUAUAAAUUGGUUGUAACUGGCCACAGCCUAGGGGCGGGAGCAGCCUCGAUCCUUGCAAUGUUGCUUCACGAUUCCUACCCAGAGCUCCGAUGCUAUGCAUUUUCUCCUCCAGGAGGUCUGCUAAGUAAGUCUCUGGCUGAUUAUAGCAAAGGAUUUAUCAUAUCUGUUGUUUUGGGCAAGGAUCUCAUUCCAAGGCUGAGCCUUGGCAAUAUAGAAGACCUGAAAAGAAGAAUAUUAAGAAUAGUUGCCCACAGCAACCGGCCUAAGUAUCAGAUUCUGCUGCGUGGAUGUUGGUAUGAGGUAUUUGGAGGGGAUCCUGACAAUUUCCCUAGUGAGCUGGAUGACAGGCAACAAGAGCAACUGGCUCAGCCCCUUCUCGCAGAACAGAAUCUCUUGGGGCAGAGUUCUGCUUCCUACACCAGCAUCCCUGAGGGAUCACCUUUGAGUUCGCCUUUUCAAGGUCCUCAACUCUUCCUUCCGGGGAAGAUCAUUUACAUUGUGGAAGAACGCAGCACAGGGAGUUUCUGCUUUUCUCAAGCACAGUACCAUGCAUUAUGGUCUGAUGCGUCGUCCUUCAGCAACAUUCUCAUCAGCCCCAGGAUGAUAACAGACCACAUGCCAGAUCUUUUAUUCAACGUCCUCAAAGACCUGACUCGAGAGACACCUUUCAUCCUCUGUCCCACGUCACAGAAUGGGGCACACUAGCCAUUAGCACCCAGUGCAAAGCUGGGAGCCAUUAUGUCAUAUGGAACCUCUUGAUGUGAUGUCACCCAUUGACUGUUUGACACCGUGCUUCCUGGAAAAGGGUCGUAGACUGAGGAUUAUAAUGGGCCAUGUUUGUAAUCAACAUGAUGCAGGUGGCUACAAUGGUUGGAGUUCGACUGUUUUGAGUUUCUGUGGCUCAUAGCUUGCUGUGUGGGGCUAUGCUGCUUGCAUUUAGACUUCUUUUUCUUCUUGUUGGUCUUCUGUUUCCUUUUUUUUAUUUUUGAAGAUGUAAACUGACACCUGAAAGGAGAAAGAACAGUUACACUUGAGACAAUGUGACUACUCCAAUCAAUUGAUGAGAAUCCCUGAAGAUUGUAAUGUCAAUGUGUGGACAUGAGGUUCAGGAUUUCUCCCAAUAAGGAUCCGUUGGGUUUUCCAGUGUAAAUUAUUUAAUGUGCUUUCCUUUGUCCUAAGUCAUGGAUUGUCAUUUAUUUGAUGUUAUGUAGAAUUGUUUGAACUAUGUAAUUCUGCAAGAGUAAUCUCAUAUUGUACUAGCAGAGCAGCUAGAAAUGCAUGUUUCUUGCUUAUUCAGCAGCACAGGUUUUGAUCAAAGAUUGAUUGGUACCACAGAGGCCAUGCAAUUUUAGUGGACAUGCGACCUGGGCAUCUGAUUAGGCAGUGGCAUGCAAACUCUCUUCAACUUGAGUAAAUAUACACAUGCUACUAAACAGGGGCUGGGGUUGAGCUCUACAGUCCCAGCCUUCCAUUCCUGAUGAAACAGUCAAUCCACAGUUUGUAACUCAGAUUAGAUAAUCCUUCAUAGUUUUAGCCCAUUUAAUUUCAUCUCACUAAUGCAGUUGUAGACAUUUUAUUCCUUUUUGGGUUUCUCUUUGUAGCUGGGCUCACUUCAAGAACAACACUGUCAGACUGCUGUUUUUAUUUUUUUUUAGACUUGCAUAUAAACCAAAACUGAGUCCUGGCCCGUUUGCGAGCUGGGUAAGGUGGUUCAGUUUUAAAUAUUAUUUGACAACAUCUCUGUGAAGCACCUUGGAAUAUUUUAUGACAUUAAAGGCACCAUAUAAAUGCAAGUUGUUGUUUGAAUGCAGAUGGUGGGCUUUUUCACACUGGCCUGCUGGACUAUCACAUUGCAGGAAGAUCAUGUUUUUCUUCAGGUAUUUUGUUUAAAAAGAGAUAUAAAGACUACAUUGAAUUUAAACCCUCAGUUUACAAAGUAACCAUCUCCCCAAAAAAUGUAUGACUCUGCCAAUAAAUAUCCCAAUGUUG